AUGGCUCAAGCUUCCAUCGCUUCGCUCUUCACGCCCUCUAGCAAGAGCCAGCACGCUACUCAGCCUGCAUAUCACCCGUCCGCCUCCUUGUCUUUCAAAGCCUCCCAUGCGCGAAAGCAUAGCGAGCUCGAAGAUGCGUUCGCCCCAGAAGCUACUCCGCUCAAACGUCCCAGGGUGACUGCUUCCUCCCGGCUGCAGUCUGCUGCCCCCCUGGCCGAACGCCUCCGUCCGCGUUCAUUGGACGAGUUUGUUGGCCAACCUCACUUGACAGAGCCUGGCUCGCUACUCAUGAGCCAUCUCGACCGCGGGGCCACCGGCAGCAUCAUCUUCUGGGGGCCACCUGGGUGCGGCAAGACGACGCUCGCGCGAUUACUGGCGAGCCGCACUGAUGCCGUCUUCAAAGAACUGAGUGCCACCGACUCCGGCAUCGCCGACGUGCGGUCGGUCGUGGAAGAGGCGAAGAACCUCCUUGCGCUGACAGGCAGGCGCACCAUCCUGUUCUUAGAUGAGGUUCACAGGUUCAACAAGGCUCAGCAGGACAUCUUCCUCCCAUUCAUCGAGCAGGGGCAUCUACAGUUGAUAGGCGCAACGACGGAAAACCCAUCCUUUCGUCUGACGAGCGCACUGCUCAGUCGUUGUCGGCAAGUGGAGCUUCGACGUCCCGUGUUCAUACUCGAACGGUUGACUGACGAGGACAUCAAGAAGAUCGUCACGCAAGCUGUUGAACGCGUGUUGGAGACAUUUGCGCCGUCUGACAGGCCUUCUCGCAUCUCCUUGCCUACGCCUUCGCCGAACGACCUACACGUCAUCGACGAUGACUCAAGCGACGUCGCGAGUUCGCAACCGGAUAUCGAGGAGCCUCUCGCCCACCCGUCCUCAACGCAAGGCUCAGUAGCGUCCGCUUCCGCGGGGCAUUCCACAACCGCGGAGCCCACUCCGCAGUUCCCCACGCUUCCGCAACUCACGCCCAAGGUCCUAUCCUCGAUCGUAGUGCUAUCGUGCGGCGACGCAAGGACGGCCCUAUCGCUCGUCGAGCUUGUCACCUCGGCGCCCACGGACUCUGACGAGGGGAAGCUCCUCGCUGCGCUCCGGCGCUCAGUCGCGACCGCGUACGACCGCGGCGGGGACAGCCACUACGACAUGAUCUCCGCGCUGCAUAAGAGCGUGCGCGGAAGCCAGGGGAACGCGGCGCUGUACUGGCUCGCGCGGAUGCUCACCGCGGGCGAGGACCCGCUGUACAUCGCGCGCAGGAUGGUCGUGUGCGCGAGCGAGGACAUCGGGCUGGCGGAUAACCACGCGCUGCCUCUCGCAAUGGCGACGUACCAGGCGUGCCAAGUCAUCGGCAUGCCCGAGUGCCGCAUCAACCUCGCCCACCUCGUCGCGUACCUCUCUGAGGCCCCCAAGUCGACGCGCUCGUACGAGGGCUACAACCGCGCCGAAGAGGCGGCGAAGCUCGACCCGUCGGUCCCCGUGCCGCUCGCCAUCCGCAACGCGCCGACGAAGCUCAUGAAGGAGCUCGGUUACGCGCGGGGCUAUCGGUACAAUCCGGAAUACGCCCAUCCUGUCACUAACGACUACCUUCCGAUUCAGUUCCGCGGUGAUGAGUUCCUGCGAAAGGAGGGCGACACGGCCAACAAGACUUGGGAUGAGGACGCGCUCCGCCAGUGGGAGUUCGAGGAGAAUGGGGGUCGCCCUUGGCCAGGGCGGCCAUCGGAGGGCGAGCAAGCGGGAACUGCUCGUCGAGGUGAUGUGUCGCAGACAUGA